AGCAGGAAUUAGGAGGGAAUAAGCAAAAUAUGGGGUCAUCCCCAACCCCUUUUUGGUCCCCUUUCUCUCUAAAAAGGCAGUGCUAGGCUGGGCCACCGCUAGGCGAGAACAUGGGCUUCCAGGCUUCUCUCUUACUUCUCCUGGUUCUCACCUGCCAAGAGCUUCAGACUCAGUCAGAAAAAGAUCCGAGCAUAUGCAAUCUGCCUCUGGAGAAGGGCUCCUGUCGCGCUGGCUUGUACAGAUGGUAUUACAAAAUGGAGGAAAACCAGUGUGAGCCAUUUCUCUACGGGGGCUGCGAAGGAAAUGACAACAGGUUUAGGGAGAAAAUUCUGUGUGAGGAAGCCUGCAAAACCACGUGACUUCCUCAUGAGGACACAGCCCGCCACGGAGUCAGGAUUGCGCCAGGGCUGUUAGAGGCAUUUCAACCCCCCUUCAUAAUGAGAGAUCCGUUCUCCCACCCCCAAAUUCAUUGUCCCCACG